AUGUCAACGACUUGUGUGAUACAAGAACAGCAUCAAGCGAGCCUCAUCGCUCUCGAGGCUUUACCACACGGUCAGAGGUCUGAUGAACCGCCAGAUGACCCUGCAGAAAGCUUUCCUCAGUUGGAGAAAUGGAACCAGUCUCGCCUCAACAUAGAGCGAACAUUGGCAACAUUUUGGUGUUUCAUGGUCAUGGGCGCAAAUGAUGCGGCAUAUGGUUUGGAGUCAUACUAUCAAUUAUCGUACACGGUCGUUUCGCUGGUGUUUCUGUCACCUCUGGUCGGCUAUGCAGCCGCCGCUCUUCUCAAUCACCGCAUCCACAGUACAUUCGGUCAAAGGGGGGUAGCUAUCAUCGCGCCGAUGAGCCAUCUCAUUGCCUACGUGAUCAGCUGCGUUCACCCACCUUAUCCAGUGUUGGUUAUUGCAUAUAUCUUUGCAGGAUUGGGUAAUGGACUCGAAGAUGCUGGCUGGAAUGCGUGGAUCGGCAAUAUGGCUAAUGCUAAUGAGAUGCUGGGACUCCUGCAUGGCUUCUAUGGAGCCGGUGCAGUAAUGAGUCCAUUGGUUGCCACGUCGAUGAUUGCCAGUGCCAAUCUGCCGUGGUACUAUUUUUAUUAUGUCAUGGUGGCAUGUGCGGUCGUCGAACUGUUAGUGUGUGGAGCAUGCUUCUGGAAUGCUCGGGCUGCCGACUUCCUAGCGGCAAACACACAGUCCGCCGAAGAGAACCGACAAGGGGGUCUGAAGCGUGCGUUGUUCAAGCGACCUUCUGCCCGAGUGACAUGGUUAUGUGCACUGUUCUUGUUGGGGUACGUGGGAGUGGAGGUUGCUCUCGGUGGAUGGAUCGUCACUUUCAUGAUUCGAGUUCGCAACGGUGGUGCAUUUGCAAGCGGUAUGACAGCAACAGGGUUCUGGCUUGGUAUCACGGUUGGACGGAUCGUGCUCGGGUUUGUGACACCCCGGGUGGGUGAGAAGAUUUCUAUCCCGGUGAGUCUAUCCAAGAGCAUGAUAUAUAUGAUACCGACUGACUCCUCCCAGAUAUACAUUGUUUGCUCCAUGGCCCUUGCGCUUAUCCUCUGGCUCGUUCCCAAUUUCUAUGCGUCGGCCGUUGCGGUCUCGCUACAGGGAUUUUUCCUAGGUCCCAUGUUCCCCGGAGCCGUUGUGAUGGUGACCAAGCUCCUCCCCCGGCACCUUCAUGUGGCCUCAAUCGGGUUUGUCGCGGCAUUUGGCGGCAGUGGUGCCGCAAUUCUCCCCUUUGCGGUGGGAGUGCUGGCACAAGCCAAGGGAGUCCAAGUGCUGCAACCCUUCAUCAUUGGACUAUCUGGUGCUAUUCUGAUAGCCUGGCUUGGAUUGCCACGAGUGUCCAAGGUCAGGCGGAAUGAGUAG